GAUGAGAAGAAUCAAGUGUUGAUCACAAAUGCUUGGCUGCAGAUGUACUGGGUUGAUGUUUACUUGUCUUGGGAUCAGUAUGAAUACCCAGGGGUGCAGAACUUGCGAUUUCCAGCUGACCAGAUUUGGGUACCAGAUAUUCUACUGUAUAACAGUGCGGAUGAAAGAUUUGAUGCGACAUUUCACACAAAUGUGCUGGUGAAUUACUCUGGAUCCUGCCAAUAUAUUCCUCCAGGCAUUUUGAAGAGCACAUGUUACAUUGAUGUCCGCUGGUUUCCCUUUGAUGUGCAGAAGUGUGACUUGAAGUUUGGCUCCUGGACUCACAGUGGCUGGUUGAUUGACCUGCAGAUGCUUGAGGCUGAUAUUUCCAACUACAUCUCAAAUGGGGAAUGGGAUUUAGUGGGUGUCCCAGGAAAGAGGAAUGAGUUGUACUAUGAAUGCUGUAAAGAACCAUACCCAGACGUGACGUACACCAUCACCAUGCGCCGACGCACCCUCUACUAUGGCUUGAACUUACUCAUUCCAUGUGUUCUCAUAUCCGGCUUGGCACUGCUUGUUUUCCUUUUGCCAGCUGAUUCAGGGGAGAAGAUUUCUUUAGGUAUCACUGUCCUGCUUUCCCUGACUGUAUUCAUGCUGCUUGUGGCUGAGAUCAUGCCUGCAACUUCUGACUCAGUCCCACUAAUAG